AUGGCCGACAUAGAGAAGACUCCAGUCCAAGUCAUUGAGCCAACGCUUGAAACUCCACCAAAAUCUUCCAAGAACCUCCUCGAUCGCCUCAAAGGGAGUACCAAUGAUCCCGACGCCCUUGGCAGAGAGCUGUUGCAGAAGGCCCUUGAGUUUGAUGAAGCUCAACUGGAACGAGAUGCGGUCAAAGUGCGCCGGAAGCUUGACUGGAUUGUCAUCCCUAUGAUGAUGACAACCUACAUGCUAAGCUUCCUAGACAAGCAGACCCUCAACUAUUCCAACGCAUACGGACUUCAAGAGGAUACACAUAUGAAAGGAGAUGACUAUUCAUGGGUUGCAUCGGCACUAUAUUUCGGUUGGCUUACUGGCGCAUAUCCAUGGAACUUCCUCCUCCAAAGGUACCCCAUUGGGCGAACGAUCGGAUAUAUGCUUUUCGUUUGGGGUUCUGUCUGCAUGCUGCAAGCCGCCGUGUUCAACUUUUCCGGCUUCUUUGCUAUUCGCUUCUUCUUGGGCAUGGUUGAGGCUUGUAUAUCCCCUGCCUUCGUCCUCCUCACCUCUAUGCUAUGGACGAGGGAAGAACAAGCACUCCGGACGUCCUUUUGGCUGUCGACAAAUGGUGUUUCUUCGAUUCUUGGUGCCCUGCUUGCGUACGGGAGUGGCCAUGCAGCACAUCUCGCCGUCCCCAAUUGGAAGUUGAUCUAUCUGAUUGUAGGGGCUAUGACGUUCUUCUGGGGCUUCGUCGUCGUUCGCUACUUACCCGAUGGACCUCACAAUGCCAAAAUGCUGACCGAAUAUGAACGAAUGGUUGCUGUCUGGCGGGUCUCGAAGAAUCAGAUGGGCAUCAAACACCACAAGGUUGUUGUCGGCCACAUCAAGGAGGCUUUGCUCGACCCAAAGACCUACCUCGUCAUCUUCAUGGGAGCCUGCACGGGCCUUCUGAAUGGCGCCGUGUCAAACUUUUUCUCUGCCUUGAUCAAAGGCUUCGGAUUCGAUGCGCUUCGGACGACUCUGCUUCAGACGCCCGGUGGCGCGUUUGAAAUCAUCGGGUGUAUGGGUUUCGGAUGGGUGGCCACCAAGAAGAAUCUCUUGGGCAUCACCAUCAUCAUCGCAUGUCUCCCGGGACUCGCGGGCUUGAUCGGUCUCUUGACCAUCAGCAUCAAACAUCGGUAUGCACUGGUCGCUUGUUGCUGGCUACAGAACGUGCUUGGAGCACCUAUUAUUCUGGGAUGGACUCUACCAGGUGUCAAUGUGGCGGGGCAUACCAAGAGAACCGCAGUCGUCGGGAUCUUCUUCGUGUUCUACUGCGCCGGCAACAUCGCCGGCCCGCACCUAUUCCUGCCCUCUGAAACGCCGCGCUACUUCUCCGCCAUCAGGGGAUUGCUGGGCACCUACUGCGCUCUCAUCGUUUUGCAAGUCAUCUACACGGGCCUGUGUUACUUUGACAACAGAGCCCGCGACGCCCGGGGUUUGCACGCUGAGAGACAGCAAGAAGAACUGCUCGAGGGAUUUGACGAUUUGACGGAUAAGCAGAAUUUGCAUUUUAGAUAUAAGAUUUGA